AUGAACUCAUUUUCCAACGAACUACCUGAAAUUGAAAAUUCUUUGCAUGACAUUGAAACCUAUCUUCAUGGCUAUCACAUGGAAUUAGAUCAUUCCAAAACUAACCUCUUCUCUGAUAAGGAAUGUAGUAUCAAGACAUUAUCUGGAAGUACGAUCAAAAGUAAUGAUUCUAUUAUUAUACUUGGUAAUAAUAUUACCAAUAAUACUGAGGAACAAAAGAAAUACACUACUUCAAUUAUUGAAGAAGUUAAAAGAAGAACUAACUCUAUUGGCUGGAAUUUUCCAAUACAGAACAUUGUCAAAAUUAUCAACACAGACAUUGUUCCGUAUGCACUGUACCACCUAAUUCCUCUUGCUAAUGACCAUCUAGAGAAACAAAUUGAUAAAUUCUUUCGCAACUUUAUAUGUGAAAGAUUAAGAACCAAGAGAAAAUUAGCUCUCGAGUGGUUUUAUACUCAUCAAGACAAAGGUGGAUUUGGAUUAAUUUCUGUUCAAGAAAUGAGUUACUCGGACCUAAUGUGUAAAGUCAGAAAGUUCCUUGAACAAUAUGAUAUUUGUCUUGGAUCUUCUACAAGAUUCCUUUGUGAACGAAUCAAACAGGAGCAUGGUUUUGACAUCCUCAAUGAUCCAAUCCCUACUUGGUAUAAACCAGACCCAUGGAUUCCUCAAUAUCUCAAGAGAAUAAUUUUCAUGAACAAAUCUUCCAAUAUUAGAUUGUGGCAUUCGAGUGACCAAUGGCAUGAAAAAACUCUCAUCCCUUAUGGAAAAUUCCCUAAAGGUUUAAGACAAUUCCUGCUCUAUAAAGAUUGGAACAGAUUAAGUAUGUGGGUUCCUGACCCUAAAAAUUUACAAGUGAAAUUACAUAAUGACAUCAAACAUUCCAAUCAUGUCACCCAAAUUCGCAACAUUCUCAAUAGCAUGGAUUUUGGAAAAAUCAAAGACGAAAGCAAAUACUACAAAUAUGUUGGUAACAACACAUCCAUGUCAAACCUCUUGAACAAAGCUAUACUAAUUGGUACUGACGGAUCGUGUAACAAUAAUAUUGCUGGAUACGGUAUCGUAACUGAUCAGAAUGUUUCCAUCUCAAGUCACACCUUAGGACAAGGAACUUCCUACAACAGUGAAGUUCAAGCGCUCCACACAGUUGUUAGAUUGCUAGAUAACAACACUCCUAGAACAAUAGUCAUAGAUGCGAAAAGUAUUUAUGACCAACUUUUCCAAUUCAGAAAAUCUAGAGAUCCUUAUGUUGAAGAAAUUCGUAAUUAUUUAAAAAUGAAGGAUCAGAUCAAAAUUAUGCAUGUUAAUAGUCAUACAGGUAAACAAGAUAUCUAUAGCCGCAUAAAUGAAUUAGCAGAUAGGGCUGCUAAGAAAGGUGCUGAUUGUAACAAUAUUCUUACUAAUAUUCCAUCCAAUAAUUGGUAUAUUAUUAUCAACAAUGUAUUAUACACUCAAAACAUUAGACAAACAAUGUACAAACUUCUAUUUCAACGCCUCCACAAAAGAACAUAUACGCCAAAGAACCUUCCUCCCAAGAACAGAAAGUUCACCAACAUUUACCCCUCAAUAGGAAUCGGUUUCAAAACCUUAAAUCUAAUAUUUAAAAUUAGAAUGAACGUGAUGAAGACUUUGGAAAAUUUAAACAAGAUAUCCAAGACGAACUUGCUAUGUCCUUGCUGUAGUAGAGAGACAAUGCAACACAUUAUUUUUGAAUGUAAAUACUAUAGUGAUGUUAGAAAAGAAAUGUUUAGGAAUUUAUAUAAAAUCUCAAUAUAUGCAAAGAAUAACAAGAAAUUCUCCAAACGACUAUUGUACCUCAUCAAGACUAAACAAGAUAUCCAUAGCCUAACAGGUGCUAAAGUUGGAUUGGGUAAGAAAUGGGACAAAGUAUUUACUAAGGAAGCUUAUCGAUCUAUUACUAAAAUGUGGAUGAAACGAAAUCAUUUUUUCAUGGAAGAAUUGAAACUCACCUGGAAUGAAUUUGAACAACAAUACGAUUUUAAUCCUAAUUUCAUUGAUUUGAACAAGUUUAAACUAUACAUGAAAUACCCACGACCAUGA